AUGGAACCCGACGCCCCCACCCACGAUGACCCCAAGUCAGUCUAUCCAACCCAAGCCCAAGCCAAUGACUCGUGGUACGCGGGCGAUGGCGAUGAGAUGGAUAUAGAUCUGAUAGAUCCGGCAUUGCGCGACCCGUACCCCCCCGUCACUCCUAACCCCCGUGACCCCAAUGCCUCUCCUUCCCUUUCUCCCCCUCCUCCUCCCCCUCCUCCUUUCCCUACUCCUUUCCCUCCUACUCCACAACAUCCGCAACCACCGCAGGAUCAACCCCGUAUACCCCUCGAGGUUAUGAAGCGUAUUGAAGCCAACGUCGCCAGGGUGCAGGCCGCGAUUAAUGCCAUGGGCCCAUCUCAGUCUCAGAACCAGAAUCAAGAUGCCCAAAACCCCCCUUCCACACCCCCCAACCGGUCCAUUGCUCCCAACCCCGAAGGAGAACAACGCAACAACGUUCCAUCCAGCCCCGUUGACUUUACAGGCAUUCUGGAACGUCUCAAGAAGACUCUUGACAACGUGCCCGACGAUCCCCCUGAUCUUCCUCCUCUCACUCUUCCACCUCGAAAACGCGGUAUCCUGAGAGUCGAUGACCUCUUCACCCUCCUUCGUGCCGCUCCCCCCAGAGUAGGAUGCGUUAUCCCCAACUCCGAGAGACAGAUCUGGUACAGACCUACUCAAGAGGAUUAUGUGGAGCUAAAUCACAAUGGCGUGGUGGAUAUUUUACAGAUCUACCUCGACAAGCCGUCGUACUUGACCACGUACCUGACCAAUGCAUGCGGGUUUGUGCAAUCGUUUAUGUACGACCAAACUCAGUGGUGUAAUUGUCGGUAUGAUCCCGAAAACACGAGGUUCGCGAGGGGUGACGAAACGCUGGGCGGGAACGGAACUGGUGCUUUGGUCGUUGGGUACAGAACGCCUUGGGCUCCGAUCUGUAAUGGGUGUCGAGGAGAUAGGAGUGUGGAGGUAAGGGUGUUGGAUUAUUUGGCUAGGUGGUUCAGUUUCCCGGUUCCUGAGGGGAGCGAUAUUUUGGAUGUUAUGGAGGCCUGGGAGCAGGCAGAACGGUUCCAGCAAGGAGGAGAUGUUGCUGGACCAUGGACGCCGAACGGGCCUCCGCCAGAGCCUGAAGGUCAGGCUGAGAUUGAGUUGACCGCUCAUUCAAAAGCCUUGUCUCGCAAGUUUCAGGGUCUGCUUCAGGGGUUCUCGGGCGGGGUGUUGGAUGGAACGAAUGCUGGAGAUGUCAAGUCUCCUACGAGAAAACCGAAGCGCCGACGUUAUGAGGGAGGGGAUGAAACGGGCGAGAGCCACAAGCGUCAACGUGUUGUGGAGAAGCGCCAUCCUCUUCCUGGUGGACCUUUUCUCCAUGAUCCCUUUGUUGAUGGUGCAUCGGCAGGCGUUCCUCUUUCUGGUGGUGAUCCUUUCGAGGAUGCUGGGGGUCCUAUGAUGCUGGAUGAUGAUGAUGAUUGGGCUCCUGCUGCUGCUCCCCCUCCCAUGCCGGCUGCCAUGGGUUUCCCUCCUCCCAACAGUCCCAACACUCCUUACGUCGCCACCGCCAACAACAACAACAACAACAACAACAACCCGCUGGUUCCCCAGCGACCCCAACGACCCCAGGGCGCCAAUUCCGGGGGCAUCCCACCCAGAGCCACGGCUGCGGAUGCGCAUGCACGCCUUACUGCGGAAGGGAAAGAGUAUGCCGAGUGGGCAGUGGACCUUCCGUGCGGGCAGCAUUGCAUUAAUUGCAAAAACGUUCGAAUGAAGCCAGCGAAAAAAAACACGAAGAAAUGCCAGAAAUGCGUAGAUACGCACGCUAAGAUACGUGAAAUCAAUAGAGAGCGCGGCUAUUGUACGAACACAGGAUGUAAUCGGCACAUGGGGACACCAAGACCUUUGAAGGCCAACGGAGAGCCUUUUGCAUACUGUCUGCAGUGUAGGGAGAAAGGUAAGCAGAAACAUCAAAAAAGGACCAAGAAGGGUCAAGGUGGUGGUGGAGGAAGUGAGCAGGGAGGUGGUCAAGCACAGGCAGCUUGA